GUAAUAACGUCAUCAGUACAAAGGAGUCCCUAGAUUCAAAACCCUCUGAAGUGUGUUUCCAGUAAGUUAGAGCUCAGGAAAAUGGGUCUGUGGACGCUACUAGAGGGUUGUCUGCUUCUUGCCAACGCGCUAGCAAUUCUAAAUGAAGAUCGUUUUCUUGCUCGUCGAGGAUUGAGCUUCUCUGAAUUCUCAGGAGGCAGAACAAAAUCAUUGAAGGGACAGCUUAUUGGCCUUGUCUACGCAACACAAUAUUUAAGAGUUCCUCUCAUAAUGCUCAAUGCACUGUGUAUCUUUGUAAAGUUGGUAUCUGGAUGAUGAGAUGCCAACUUCAACUCUGUGAAAGCUUACAUCUAUCAUAUUAUUCUUGAUUUCUCUGUUGUAAUGUAACAUUGGGCUGCUUUAACUUCUGAAUUUGUUGCAACGUAUGUUGCACCAUUAGCGAACA